AUGCCGGAUUUGGGCGAGCUCAAGUUUGCCUCGGGCAUGGAUUUUGACCGCAACUUCGAUGCUGGUACAUUCUAUGUUCGGCAGUCAAAGUUUCUGCAGUAG